AAUUUAACGCAUGAAACUAUAAAUAUUGAUGAGGAGAAUUUAACACACGAAACUAUAGAUAUCGAUGAUGAACAUGAGGAAAGAAAUGAUGGAAAGAAACCAAAAUCGAUAGAAGCUUCAGAUUCUUUAGAUUCGGCUUCAGAAGGUUCAGAUUUGACUUCAGAAGCUUCAGAUUUGGCUUCAGAAGCUUCAGAUUUUUUAGAUACAAUUUCAGAAAUAAACAGCCUGCCUGUCAACAGAUAUUUUAAUGAAGCCUCGAUAUUAUCAUUAGAACCAGAACCAUUGCCAAUGCUAAUGGAAGAUGUUAAUAGUUGCACCUCUUAUCUUCGAAUUUGGGAUUCUCAUUAUAUUUAUUGUAUAAGAGAAAUCGGAAACCAGAAUUACAAAAUAUUAAAACUUAUUUAUUCAUUAUCUGAAGUUUUUUUCAACAUGUUAAAGAUUUGUCAUCAAGAACAAGAUAAUGAAAAAGCGUUAGAGAAAAGUACAGAUUAUUGGAAGGGAGGGAUAUUAAAUCACGAAUGA